AUGGAGGAGAAGAACACCAGUGAGCUACCUCCAAGCUUGCGACGCCAUAUAAUAAGGCGCGACCAGCCUCCACAACCCAUUUCUCACCGAGAGGGGCGAUUUCACGAUGAUACCUUGCCGCCUUUGUCGGGGGCACCCCAAAUCCCCCUUGGCGGCCUCCCCCACUAUCAUCCUGGCCAUGGACGCGGUGCAUCGGUCGUGGAUCCAAUUCGCCCUUUGCCUGGUCCCGCUGCCCUCAUCGGUCAACGGAGCCCUAGCCCAGGUUAUUCGAGCACCCCGCCUAGGCAGCCACCGUUCAUUUCCAGCUCCCAGUUUCAGGAGCCGCCGAGGCAUCCAUCAGUGUGGCAAGAGGGUGAAGCGGGUCCUUCAUCGCUGCAACACGCGCAACAUUACAGAGAGCUCGGCGAGGGGCCCAGAUAUAGGUUGCCACGUAUCAGCCCUCCUCCAAUGCCUCCGCGUCCGGUCCAAAUACGACCGCCGCCUCAUCCGCCUAGUUAUGAGCCAGGGGCAAGACUCACACACUCUGAACCGCCACGAGCCUCAUAUCCAUACCCUGAAGGCGGGGUAUCGCAGUCAUGGUCUGGUCAGUCUUACCCCAGCACAUCUGCCGCCCGAUACGAAACACAUCCGUCUGCUCAACCGGAUCCCCAACAGCAUACUCGGCCUCUGCUUGCCAGGAGGGAUGCCGGCAGCAGCACGCGCAGUGAAAGCGCCGAUCCGCCCACACCGCUAUCCAGAACACCCGAGGUUGUGACAGAGGGAGAGGGUCCGUCAAGGGGUCGCACGCCGGCGGUACGUCAUCCCCGAGGACCAAGGAAGACGGAAGUUGCCUGCAAUUUCUGCAGAGGCAGGAAGCUCCGUUGCGACGGGGGGCGCCCGUCCUGCUAUAAUUGCACGCAGCGGAAUAAGGAGUGCUUUUACGAGGCACAGCCUCGAAGACGCGGACCAGGGCGGGCGCCUAAGGGAUCCAAAUCCCGACGACUAGAAUCAGGGACGGCAUCACCUUCCCAGAAGGGCGACUCGCCACCACCACAGACACCAAUUUCGGAAACUACACAACAGUACGACGACGAAGGCUCGGAGGACGAGGACGAAGGGCAUUCGAGCAUGGGACCCUCGAGGCGGAGGGGGGAAGAGGGGUGA